GAAAGGUUGGACGUGUAAAAAAUCGUGUUGCCGUGUGAAAUAAUUACGUAGAAAAGUGAAAAAAUGUCGGAAAAAUCACCUGCGAAGCGGCGUCAGUGCACAAGGCAGCUGCGGGAGCGAAAGCAGAAAAAACUGUACUCGGAAGACUGGGCCUUGGGCGACGAGGAAAUAGAAGGGCGGCGAACGUUCAAUCUACAAGAAAAACUCGACGAUCCGGCGUUCGCCGCCCACCAAAUGAUCAAAGAAAUGCACGGCACCGAACUGACUGUAGCCUACUUCCAGAGAUACGGCUUCAACACGCCGCUGCUUUUCAGGGAAAAGACUGGUUUAGGUAUAAGAGUGCCGACGUCUAACUUCUCAAUCAACGACGUCAGGAUGUGCGUCGGUUCGCGACGUAUUUUGGACGUCAUGGACGUCACGACUCAAAAAAACAGCGAAAUGACGAUGAAAGAAUGGCAAAAAUACUACGAAGACCCGAACAAAACCAAACUUUUAAACGUGAUUUCCUUGGAAUUUUCCCACACGAAACUCGAAAAUUACGUGCAGAGUCCAACAGUUGUAAGGCAAGUAGAUUGGGUGGACAACGUAUGGCCAAGGCACUUAAAAGAGAGCCAAAUCGAAGCCACAAAUCUCUUGGAAGACAUGAAAUACCCAAAAGUUCAAAAAUACUGCCUUAUGUCGGUUAAAGGCUGUUACACAGAUUUUCACGUCGAUUUUGGCGGGACGAGCGUGUGGUAUCACAUUAUUAAAGGUGGCAAAGUUUUUUGGCUCAUCCCCCCAACGGAGCACAAUUUGGCUCUCUAUGAGCGUUGGGUUCUAUCCGGUAAACAAUCGGAUAUUUUUUUCGGCGAUACUGUUGAAAAGUGCGCUCGAAUAGAGCUAAAAGAAGGCAACACGUUUUUUAUCCCUACCGGGUGGAUUCAUGCCGUGUUUACCCCUACGGAUUCCCUAAUUUUCGGAGGCAAUUUUCUGCAUUCCUACGGAAUAGACAAACAGCUGAAAAUUGCCCAGGUCGAAGACAAUACCAAGGUUCCUCAAAAAUUUCGUUAUCCCUUCUUCACCGAAAUGCUAUGGUACGUUCUAGAGAGAUACGUUUUCUGUCUACUGGGUAACUCACACCUUACCACUGGGCAAAAUAGCGCCUUACCAAACAACAAACCACACGUCCAUUUGACGCAAGCUGAGCUUCAUGGCCUUAAGGAAAUAGUGUUUUAUCUGCACAUGCUGCCGCCGCAGAAGAAGAACGUGCCCGAGCUGAUAAAAAACCCGGUGUCGCUGAUACAAGACGUUCGCACUCUGAUCGGUCUUCACCGUCAAGACAGCCGCGAGCUGGCGAUAUCGGGUCGCCCGAUCCUGGCCAACUCUGACGAGCUCGAGCGGCGCAAGCUGGCGAAGACGUCGCCGCUGGUCAACAGAAACAGCAUCAACAGGUUGCUGAAGCAGCAGCAGCAGCUGAACAGGUCGCUGUUGCCGCCUGUCGCGAGGGACCUGAAUCGGGACGUCGGUGCGGGUGCGCAGCCUUUGCAGCAGAAUAGCGCGCAGCACGGGAGCACGAAGUUGAGUCCGCCUUUGGAUAAGGGUGGGCCUAGACGAAGACGGACAAGGUGUAAAAAAUGCGAGGCGUGCGUACGCAACGACUGCUCCGAGUGCAGUUUUUGCCUGGACAUGGUGAAAUUCGGCGGCCCAGGACGGGCCAAGCAAACCUGCGUGAUGCGCCAAUGUUUGCAACCCAUGUUGCCAGUGACGGCGGCCUGCGCCAGCUGCGGUCUCGACGGCUGGAUGCAGACUCCUGUCACGCCACUGCAGAAGGGUCCGCAACGUUGCGAGAGCGCCAGCAACUUGAUGGAGUGCUCGGUGUGUUACGAAAUAGCCCAUCCCGCCUGCAUUCAGCGCCUCUGCCCGGACAUCCCGGGCUACAUAAACGAAGACAUGCCCAACUCGUGGGAGUGCCCUGUUUGCUGCAAGCUAGGCAAAAAUACGGACUACAGGCCGAGGCAUUUUCGCGCGCGUCAAAAGUCCUCGGACAUGCGCAGAGUCUCUAUCAGUUCCGAUGCCUCGAGCGCUUUUGAGAACAAGUUGCAGCAGGACAACCUGUCGGAUUCCGGCAGCGAAAACGAGGGGAAAGAUAGGGGAAGCAUCGCCAAGGAUUUGCUGCCCAUCAAGAAGAGGAGAAGUAGCGAGGGGAACGAGGUGGAGACGAAAUCGCAGCCCAUCCAGCAGCCCGACCCGCCGCGCAAGACCGCCUUCCGCAUGCAACUAGCUCAGCAAAUCGCGAGCAACUCGACCAAGCCGAUGAAAAAACCGAUGAUGGUGGUGCGCCCCGCCCCCUUGAUGCAGUGCAACCCGCUGCUCACCAACAACUUGGCCUUGGACAAGCGGUGCCUGCUCAGCGUCUUCAAGCACUUGACAGGUGUUGAUCUGGCCAAGUGCGCUCUGGUAUGCAAAACUUGGGCCACCUACUCCAUAGACCCGAGUUUAUGGAAGGUGAUGGAGUUUAGCAGAAGGCACAUCAGCAGCGAUAUUUUAAAGGGUAUCGUUAAAAGACAACCGGGGGUUUUAAGGGUGGAUUGGUGCAACAUCAACAAAUUUCAGUUGCCCUGGUUGAUACAACGGUUACAUCACUUAAAGGAGUUGAGUUUGGUGGGGAUAAACAUAAAGACCGCUAUUUCCUUAAAGUCGAAUUCGUGCCCGUUACUGCAGACUUUGGACUUGAGUUUCAUAUCGGAUUUUUACGAUUCUGCUUUGAGGGACAUUCUGGGGCCUAACAACGACUCCAGAAGGGGGCCAGAUGAGAGAUUUCGCUUCAAAAACUGCAAAACUUUGAGGUUAUCCGGCACCGACAUAACAGACAUAGCUCUGCGCUAUGUAACCCAAUACCUCCCCAGUUUAGAGCACCUAAAUCUAUCCCUAUGUCCUCGGAUAUCCGAUGCGGGGAUAGCCCAGUUAUCCACCAAACCUUCCAACACGGUUACAUCCCUGAUAUCCCUGGAUUUAAGCCACUCAAAGUUGGUAACGGAAUCCUCCCUCGAUCACCUGUCUAAGUGCGAGAAUUUAGUGAGGUUAGAUUGCCGACAUAACCUGCAAAUAUCGACGCAGGCGCUCAUAAAAUUCGCCGCAAAGUCCGAUAAAAAUUUGCAGGUUAGGGACAUCAAGUUGGUGGACGUGCGAAAAGUGCAAUGAUUUUUGGCGGCUAAUUUAAAAAAAAUAAUUUUAUCAUAAUAUUUAUGAUUUUUAUGCGAUUUUUUUUACCAAAAUCCACUCAACUAAGUUUCGCGCGUACU